AUGACACAGUGCCCAACUUGCGGAUCUGAACCUCUUUGGGAUUCAUCUGAACCUCACAUCCCAGAAUCACCCUCCUUUCUCGAUUUAAAUCAUCUUAGGAAGAUUACAAAUGAGGUUGCUGAGGAGGCAAGGCGAAUAAGUGCCGUCGCAGACAAACUCGAGGAGGUAGCGCUAUCGGCUCGCAGGGAGUCUGAUCGUUGGCGAGCGAUCCUGAAAUCGUACCAAAAUCACGCAUUACCAGUUUUUCGUCUGCCGACAGAAGUUUUGACUCUCAUCUUUGGACGCUGCGUGGAGCAAGACGGCACAGGGCAUGUGUUUUCAUGUCAUUCUAUGCCGUGGAAGCUGGCACGGACUUGUCGUUAUUGGCGUUCAGUAGCCUUAUCGACACCAUCGUUAUGGAAUGUUGUUCGACUGACGUCCAGUCGUGCAGUUCAGCGUCCCCACGCAGUGGAAAUGCUGCGAAUUUGGUUGGAAAGGUCGCAACCGCUUCCUAUAUCGUGCUUGAUUACACUGGGUGACUUAACGUUGAAGGAGUUGGAACUGGAGGUCCUUGUUACUCUUCUCUCGCAUUCGGUGCGUUGGGCCCAUAUGGAUCUCGAUUUCCGACACCACGGCGAUCUUUACCAUCGCCUAGCAUCCUCAGAUAUAAAUCUUCCGCUACUUGUAUCACUUCGAAUGCGGGUCAAGAUGUUGAGCCCACAUCCGGCUUUCUCAGAACAUUGGGGUCAUUUACCCAACCGGUGGACUGCUCCAAAACUGACGGAGGUUUCCGUCUCUCUCCUUGACCGACAGGGUUUCAUACCGAUCUUCGUCAUACCCUGGUCACAACUUACCGAGCUCAGCUGGUCUACCUCGCUGAAAUCAUUUCUGGAAAUUGGGGCUACCUUCUCACAUCUACAAUAUUGUAUGAUAGACAUCGAUCCCCCUUAUCCCACCUCCGUCACCGAUAUACCGAAACAAUUUUCCCUCCCUCAACUCCGUCACCUUCAUCUUUCCGGAGAUUUAUUGAGUGUUUUCUACUUUAUCAACCACAUCUCACUUCCAGUUCUGGAAGAUCUUGCCUUGGAUUUUUGGGAACAAAUCAGUGCAGUGUCGCACCACCUCCUAUCGGCUUUAGGCAGGCUUCGCACACUACAAUACUUAUCAGUGCCUCUGGCGAUUUUCGACUGUCGGGAUGCCCCUGCGCUUUCAGAAAGCUUCGGAAGUAUUCGAGAACUCAGCCUUGUUCUGAGUACGGAAGAGAGCUACGAUCAAGCGCUUCCCCAUUUCUUGCAUUCACGUAUACUUCAAAAGUUGGAAAUAUUACACCUUACGUUUCGUGGAGAUCCUGAAAAAGCCAGCAGGUCGUUCGAGGAUACCUUGGACCUAGUGGAAACCAGAUGUAGACCGACCGUUUCCUCCUCUACGCCUUGUACUACACUGAAAGCAUUGUCGGUGGAAUUUCUCAAGUAUCCCAAUUUCGCAACACACCAUGAACUUGUCCAUUCCGAGCCCUUUAGUCGACUUCUGAGAUUACAGAAAGAUGGCCUCGUUUUACUAGGCCAUGUAGUCGAAGGAAGAUGGCAUACGAGUUAUCGAGAUACGCAUUGGAAUCCUGGAGAUGUGACAAGAGCGGAGCGGCGAUGGCAUAGGUUCGGUCGUACCGAUUGGUUGUUCAAGCCUGAAUUCGAGGAUUAUCGAUGGCAAAUACAGGCUAUGUGCAUGAUGGCUUGA